AUGUAUCCAAACAAAAUCCAAACUCCCAAAAUAGGUAUAAAGGGUCACAUUUCUGACCUGUGUGUUUGUUUUUAUGUCUUUCAGGUGACAGAGAACAUCAUCUCAAAACAAACCUUCAUGGAAGCGAGAACCAUGCCUCGCUCUUUCAACAACUCGGGGUCAAAGUUCAUGACCUCGGUGGUCCAGAGGCCGUCCGCCCACUUGACCCUCAGAGACACCAGCUCUCAAGGGUUCCCUCCCAUCCCAAUCCCUACGCCGGGUCUCCACCAGUCCUGUCGUCACGUGGUCCGCUCAUGGGCCAAUCAGAGCUUUGGAGCUCACCUGCACAACAUGACCCUGUCCAAUGGGAAGCUGCGAGUGCCUCAGGAUGGGCGGUACUACCUGUACUCACAGGUGUAUUUUCGUUACCCGUCCCCAGCAGCCAGUGAUGGAGACCAGCGCAGCGUCAGCCACCAACUGGUGCAAUGUGUCUACAAGAAAACCUCCUACCCGAGCCCCAUACAGCUCCUGAAGGGGGUGGGCACCAAAUGCUGGGCUCCAGACGCAGAGUACGCCCUCCACUCCGUCUACCAGGGAGGACUGUUUGAACUUCGGGCCGGCGACGAACUCUUCGUCUCCGUCUCUUCGCCGACGAUGGUCAACGCAGACGAUUCCUCCAGCUACUUUGGUGCCUUUCGCCUGGACCUUUGA